AGCGCCGCUUCUGACUGCACUGUCUGUAAACCCUAGUUCACCACUGCCGCUUCAGACGCAUCUUCUGCCUCCACUUGCCGAUCCUAGACAGACGAAUGGGAAGUCAAGAAUGCGUGUUAAUAGGAAUGUAUCACCAUGAAGAAGAUGAAAUCUGCGAACAUUGUAGUGCCCUGGGUGGUAAAGAUGACGAAGUUGCUUCAAAUGAAACCCCUAGGGAUGAAGCAGAAAAUUCGGCCCAACAUGGGCCCAAUGUGGAAGUGGCAGCUGUUAACUCCCAGGCUAGGAUGUCAAGAAAGAGGCCAGCUAGUACGGAGGCCCAUGAUUCUGAUAGUACAUUUGUACGUAUUACACCCUUUUUGGCACACAGGGAAGGACCUGGUAACUUGGAUCCGAACUAUGAAUACUGUGUGGUGUUCCGGAAGCUUGAGCGUGAAGGGCACAUCACGAAAGAAUUUAGACGGAAACUGUUCACGUGGUUUUGUCUGAGUUCAACCGAGCAUGAACGUAGAACGGUUAACACUUUCAUCCGGAUACUCGCUGAUGACCCUGAAAGCUUAGGUGAACAAUUGGUUGACUCAUUUGGUGAUAUUGUGAACAACAAAAGACCCAGAACUUAAUGUCACUGGUGGACUUGAGUUGUGGGAAGGGCAUCCAUUCGUAUAUGGAUCGAUGGCUUGAGUUGAGUUAUGGGCUUCAGUUUCUGGUUUCUGUGAUUUUGCAUAAGUGUUGCGGUGGGUGUUGCAAGAGAGAGAGAGAGAUGAAGAAGGGUGUGAUCGGUGAUGGAAAUUUGAUAGCGGAAGGUGGUUUUUGAUUGAUGAGAGAGAUCAGAAGUGAGAGAGAACAUGAGUUCAAGUAAUUUCAAUUACAGUUACUAAUUAUAUGUCCCAAUCAAACAUGCUAAAGAAUGAAAUGUAAAUUCCAAUUUCAUUAGAUUCCUGGGAAAUUUAUGAACCAGGAUCCCGUUAUUCUUUC